AUGAUUGAUCAUAGGCAUAUCCUGAUUGGAUUUGAUUUGGAAGAGGACUUUCAACGUUACUGGAUGAAGGGUUUUUGGACCUUUGAUUCUCAUUUUAUGCGAGUUCUUAAAUGGACAUCGGAUUUUAAUCCGGAUCAUGAAUCAUCAAUUGUUCCAAUUUGGAUAGGUUUUGAAGGAUUACCGGUGCACAGAUUUAACGAGGAGUAUUUGAGGAAGAUUUCCAGCAUUAUAGGUAAACCUUUGAAAAUUGAUGUUCCAACACUUACCCUUUCCAGACCUUCAAUUGAUCGUGUCUGCGCUGAAGUUGAUUUAUUACACAAGUUACUGUUGCGUAUUCGGCUGGGUACGGAGGAAAGCUCUUAUUUUCAGACAAUUACAUACGAGAAUUUGCCUGAAUAUUGUGUACAAUGCAGGAAGAUUGGUCAUUCAGCAACUUCUUGUCGCCACCGAAAGGAUUUCGUCUCAAAGGAAGCCAAAACACAAUCCAACCCUAAGAAAACAGCUACUAAAGUGGCUAUUCAACCUGCGAAAGCAAAAACAGAAAGUUGGAAACAGAAAGAAACGUCAGUCAUAGCUCCAGAAAAGCCCUUAAACCAACAACUGAGCCAUCACCUUCGGAUUAUAAGUUCAGCACAACGGAAGAUAUCCAAAGAGCAUCUAAAUGUCAUUUUAGAGAAGAGUUCGGAGAAGCUUCAUCCAAUAGAAUCUUGGGAAACAGAAGGGGUUGCGCAAAUUGGAAAUCAGGAAAAUCCAAAAACAGAGCUUGCUGUUACAAAGCACCUCGCUGUCAUCAAACAGCACGCUGUUUCGACGCGAAUCGAAGAACACACUUCCCCUUUGAAAUUGUCGGAUCGAUUUGAUGUUCUUGCGGAGCUAAUAGUUAAUGACAAGCCAAAUGAUGUCUACAAUGAUGAAAAAGGUAUCAUGAAUGGUGUAGAGGUGGAGGGAGAACUAGUAUCCACUAAAGUUUCGGAUAAUAAUUUGGGAACUGAAAUGCAGUUGGAACAUGAGGUUUUGGAUAAUAACUCUAUUGGAUCCAAAACUGAUUCGGAUGAACACAUUCUAGCACAUCGGGGAUCUGUAUCUGAUGAUGAACAGGAACAAAAGAAACGAGGCAGACCUCGAGGCUCAAAGAAAGUCACAUUAAUUCCUGGAACUGAAACUCGUCGUUCGACGAGAAUUCAAGGUGAUAUCAAUCCAACUUUUUAA